AUGGCCGCCUCGGCAACCACGCGGCGAAGAUGCCGCCAUCCACCUUGGCAAAGAUGCCGCCUUCCACCGGUCUCCAAUUGUAGCCGGCUCCGAGACGAUGCCAUCAAGGAGGAAGAAGACGUGGAGACGCCUUCAUCGCCCGAUCCCGCGGAUCUGAGGAUUCCCUCCAGAGCCAAGGCCGCGGGGAGAAGCACCACGCCAAAACGACGCUUCCAAGAAAGAGUGCGGCGCCCGCGGGCGGCGCCGUCGCUGGAUCCGGCAGAGGCCGGAGAAGGAUUUCUCUCGGAGAUGAUCAACCACCGCGAGCCUGAACUAGCCGGCCACCAACAGCCACCAAACCUGCACCGCAGAGCAUCGAAGGGAACCUCCCGCCAGCUCCCGCGCCCGUCCCAGCUGAGGCCGUCCCGCGCGACCCCCCCGGCAAGCAGCAGCCGUGCUGCCGGGUCCUGGGCGCACACCGCUGUCUCCACCGACCAGCCGACCCCGCUAGAGGAAGGAGGAGCCACACCCGAGUCUCGCCAAGGCGCACCAUCUCCCGCCGCAGCAGAGACGCCAAACCACAGCAGCUCCGCCGCCGCCCACGCAGCCGACGAGAGCCACCGCCCGCCCGCGGCUGUGCUGCCCAGAGAUCGAAGAGCGCUCUGCAACAGCCCCCUCCGCACCCACAACCCGAGCAUCACCCCCAACGCCAGAGCAUCACCGGAGAUAGGCGAGACAGCCGCGCAGUCCACCGCCAGGCACCACAGCGCCGAGUGCCACCCGCCGCCGCUCCCCCAGGACUGGACGCCGCGCGACGGGUGA